AUGCCAAUCGCGACCCAGACCCAGCCCUCAAGUGCACCGGGGUCCAUGGGCCCGCCGCCCAUUCCGGUCCCCAUGCCGCCCCCGCCGUCACCGAGGAAGAACCUCGUGUCCGGCUUAGAGCGCUCGCACUCCCGAGCCGGACACAUGCGCCACGGCAGUACUAGCAGUAUCGGGCAUUCGAGGGGGCAGAGCUUCUCCUCACUCUCCAGCAUCGGCAGCCUGACCAACCUCAACAACUUAGCUGGCGGUAGCCUUCCCUCCCCUCUCGGACAGAUGGGGCAGAUGGGCCCGCCCGGCCUGCCCGCCAUGCCGCCCGCGCCGCCACUGGGCAGUGAAAUCGCCUGGACCGAGAUCCAGAGCAGGCUCAACACGAAACUUGAGAACCAUGGGCUCGAGCCCAUGACUUCGCUCGACAAGGACUUCUCCGAUGGCGUGAAGCUGAUCCAGCUCCUCGAGAUCAUGUCCGAUUCGAGCCUGGGACGGUACAACAAGCGUCCGAUCAUGCGGGUCCAGAAGGCGGAGAACGCCGCCAAGGCGCUUGCGUUCAUCCGCGAACGCGGCGUCAAGCUGACGAACAUUGGGCCCGAGGACAUUGUCGACGGAAACCUGAAGCUGAUCCUGGGAAUGAUCUGGACGAUCAUUCUGCGAUUCACCAUCUCGGGCAUCUACGAAGAGGGCUUAUCGGCCAAAGACGGACUGCUGCUCUGGUGUCAGCGCAAGACGACGCCCUACUCCGAGGUCAACGUGCAGAACUUCAAGAACUCGUGGAAGGAUGGCUUGGCAUUCUGCGCAAUCAUCCACCGCCAUCGCCCGGAACUCAUCGACUAUGAGAACCUGAACAAGGCCGAUGCGCGGGGCAACACGGCGCUCGCGUUCAAGGUCGCCGAGGAGAGCCUUGGUAUUCCGGUCUCGGACCUCUGCGACGUUGACGUCCCCGACGAGCGCUCCGUGAUGACGUACGUUGCCGAGUUCUUCCACAAGUUCUCGUCCGAGGACAAGGCGGAGACUGGUGCGCGCCGCGUCGAGCUCUUUGCCGAGGUGAUGAAGUCGAUCUGGGUUGCGCGGAACGACUUUGAGCGCCGCAUGUCUGCUCUGCUGGCCGCGAUGAACCAGACCCGUGCGGUGUGGGCUAGCGCGACGCCUGCGUCGUCGUAUCCCGAGGCGAUUGGACAGAAGGACGCUUUCGCCGAGUACAAGCGUACGAGCAAGCGGACAUGGGUGCGAGAGCGCCAGGAGUUGUCCCAGCUGUACUCAAACAUCCAGACCAAGUUACGAACGUACUCGCUCCGGUCAUGGGAGCCGCGGAAGGGACUGAGGCUCGAGGAUCUCGAGGCGGCUUGGAAGCAGUUGAUGGGUGCCGAAGUUGCCCGGAGUCGGUCGAUCAACGCACGAAUCAGAGACAUCAAGGAGGCGCUGCGACGAGAGUUUGCUCGCGUUGCGGAUGGUUUUGUCGCUCGCCUGCAGCGGACAGAGCAGGUGAUCGGCUCCCUCAGCGGCCAGCUGCAGGACCAGAAGGGGGUGCUGCUGCGGCUGGCGGGGGAGCUGCCGGCCCUGCGAGCGUAUUUGAAGGGAGAGAUUGACGCCGCGAACCAACGCUGUCUCGAGGCAAAGGUGGACGAGAACGACUACACGGUGUUCACGUACGACGACCUGGAGUUCGAGCUCGAGACGACCGAGGACGGCUUGCGGAAGAAGCUCGCGUUCAUCGACAACCAAAUUGUCUCCGCACAGCACACGAACAUCACGCCGGCCAAGCUGGAGGAGUUUGAGAGCACCUUCAAGCACUUUGACAAGGACGACACGAACGCGCUGACAGUGUACGAGAUGCACUCUGCGCUUGCGUCGCUCGGCAUCGUGUAUCCCGACGAGGAGGUCGAGGCGAUCUACUACCAGCUGGAGAGCCAAUUCGGCGCGCUCACGUAUGAGGCGUGGCUCGCGCUCCUGGUUGAGAUCACAAAGGACGAUGUGUCGAGUGCGGACCAGCUGCGCGAGGCGUUCCGCGACCUGGCCGGUGACAAGGGGUACGUCACGGAGCAGGACCUGCGAUUCGCGAAUCUCGGCCAGGAGACGGUCCAGUUCCUCACGAGCGUCAUGCCCGCGAUCGAUGUCGAUGAGGAGGCGCCCGAGCCGCAACAACACGAGUCGGCUCGCAAGCCCAAGUUUGAUUUCGUUUGCGCGGCGCGGGCUGGUGCCAUGAGCGCGAGCGGUGCGUUGAGCACAGCGCUGCGAGGUCCGAGGUUGCUGAGCGCAAGCGCCACGCCAGCAGCGUCGGACAGACCCAGACAGGCUCAUGCCCUGCCUGGUGCGCCUGUCAGGCCCAGAGUCCGCUCACUGUACAGCGUCUCGCUCAGACGCACGCCAGCACUGCUGCCGCGCACUACUCUAGCACGCAGCACACCAGCACUCAACUACUUUGUCUCCAUCCAUCACCUUUCCUCCUCCCAUCCACACCCCCUUCCCACCGUCUUCCCCUCCCCUUCCCCCCGAAUAAUCAACCAUGUCGAGAUGAGAACAACAGCUAACAUUGCCCAGUCGUCCGGUGUCCAGCCCGUCCAGGAGUGUCUCGAGAAGUACCAGGAGCUGAAGACGGGCAAGAAGCUCGCCUACAUCAUCUACGGCAUCUCGGACGACAAGAAGAGCAUCAUUGUCCUCAAGACGUCCGAGUCGCGCGACUUUGAGGAGUUUGUCGCCGACCUCCCCGAGAAGGAGUGCAGGUGGGCCGUCUACGACUUUGAGUACGAGCUCCCUGGCGAGGGUAUCCGCAACAAGCUCGUCUUUGUGCAGUGGUCGCCCGACGAGGCCAACGUCCGCAACAAGAUGAUCUACGCCUCGUCCAAGGACGCGCUCCACCGUCGCCUCGAAGGCAUCCACAUCGACCUCCAGGCUACCGACUAUUCGGAGAUCACCAAGGAAGCCAGUGAGUUCAAGGCCGAGCGGAGCGCAGCGCAGCUCGGCCCACAUUUUCCAUUUUCCCACCCUUACCUUCGUCUCGACCCCUCCGUCGAGCUUCUCGCUCGCAUAGCUAAAGCGCGUUGA